AUGUUCUUGUGCGUUACGGUGAAUCUGCGAAACAAACACCUUAAAAUAAAAGAAUUUGAGUGUGUUAGCUUAAUUAACCUUAUAUACAAUACUAUAUUUCCAAUUGUUCAUUCUUUUCAACAACCUAUAGUUGAGGAGAAUAUUGAAUCAUUAAAUGUAGCCAAAUUUCAUACAGACGACACUUUAAAAGUAGUUAAUCAAUCUCCACGAAGGAUAAUAGCUGUUGGAGAUUUACAUGGAGAUUACGAACAAACUCUUAAAGUACUGAAAAUGACUAAAAUCUUGGAUGAAAAAGAAAAAUGGAUCGGGAAGAAUGGAAUUUUAGUUCAAACU